AUGAAUUCCAAGGACAAAACAACUCCACUGACUACGAAAAAACUCUAUCAACUGCAUCCUGAAAUGGAGAACAUAUUAAUUGUGGCCAUGGUAUUGGGUAAAACUGAACCAAAUAUAUUUCUAUCGAGGAAUGAUACUCAGCAUAAGGGAGUCAUGACAUUCACCUUGCGCGAUACCCCUCAACACAUUGUCAAUUGUAAAUAUUGGGGCACUCGGGAGAAAGUGGAGCAGCUCAAUGAACAUAUACAAAUGGGUGACAUUGUGGAUAUUGUUUGCCCGAAAAUAUCGAUGUUAAGUCAAAAGGCCGAGGCAUUGGAAUCGAAACAGGCUCAAUAUCAACCGGUUAGCUCAUUGCCAAUAACAUUGGUAGUCAACGAAGGCCAGGGGUUGAUUGAGAAACAUAGUUAUCAUGAUUUGGAUAAAUAUACGGAGAUAAGAUUGCUGUCGCAUCAGUCCCAUAAACCUUUGUAUUCCGUUAUGAACUUGGCUGAUGUCCAGGCGACAUUUAGUGAUUCCAAAGCUCAGGCAUUUCAUACGGAUUUUUUGGUUGUUGUGGGAUUGGUACGUCGGCCACGUGAGAUAAAUGCCAGCAAGGAGGGCAGACAACGUCGUUGUCUGGAAAUUGUGGUAUUCGAUCAGAGUUUAACAAGUGGCAUGACCUUUACCAUAUGGCAUUCGGAUUGGAUUAAUCGUGCUGAAGCCUCAUGGCAGCCAAUGAAAACGGUGCUACAUCUAAUUGAUGUCAAAGUUUCGUAUUCCAAUUUUUAUAAGGGUUGUAUUUUGAGCUUCACCUCGAAGAGUAUUAUCUAUGAAAACCCGGUGGGCACGGAGACGCAGCACUUGAAAACAUUUGCUGCAACCUUGCCGAAUACACCAUUUGAUAUGGCUGUGCAGGCAAAUAAUACCGAUGCUUUGCCAAAGGCUGAAGAUAUCCGAACGGUAAUGACAGUGAGGCAAAUUUAUGCCCGAGCCGAGGGUCAUUUGAGGGAUACCAGUGAACAAUUUACCGCCAAGGUAUAUGCAAUGGUGACUCACUUUGAUAUCGAUUGGCCGGAACAUGUUUUGAGUAAGAAGUGCCCAGCUGGCCUUAUUAGAGACCAUUGGUCUCUAUCAAGCCCAGAUGGCCUUAGUAGAAACGAAUGCAAAUCCUGCAACCGUUAUAUCGCUGCCCGCAAAGAUCUCUGCGACAAUGAUCAGUGCCAGCUGGCAUUUUCAUUUGCGUAUUCUGGAGACAAAUAUGAUUACUUUUUUAAUAUAAAUCUCCAGUUAACCGAUCAUACCGGAACCUUGGUCGAAGCUCGUCUAACCGAUACCACUGCCAUGCAGAUUCUUUCCUUCAAUUGUGACCAAUAUCUCAAACUGAAUCAACAAGAAUUGGAACAACUGAAAUGGCGUUUCCUCCUAAAUCAUGUCGAGGCGAAACUGCUGAUCAAAAAAUCCAAUAUGUUGAGGCGGAAAAUGUUGGCCCUGAUAAUCGAUUUGAAACCCAUUGAAUUGGAACAAUUAACCGAAAAUAUAGCUGUAUUUUGA